CAGUUUGUCAAUCACUUUACUCCCAUGUUGCAUGUCUUCGUGCAGAGUAAGGGAUUAGUCGACAGUGAUUGACACCAGUGACCGAAUUGAUCACCGGCGUAGCAUCUCAAAGGGGCCGCCCCCCGCCAGGUGUACCCGGCCGGUCGGUCAUAUCCGUCCUACGGGCUUGAAGAGGUACCCAGCCGCGCCUUUCCCAACCGGGAAAAGACAUCCAGGGUUUAACGCCAUUUAGCACGUCGUAGUCGCUGUCCCAAAACCGCGAUCCCCAUCACAUCACAAUAUGGCAGCUGUCCGGCAAUUGUCUGUGGCUUUUUUUCUGAUGUUGUUGCUGAUGCUUCUUUUGUUUAGCUGUCGCCCGUGUGUGAUUUCUCAUCCACCAAGCUCUGACAAUUCCCAUGGGUGUCGACUCAUGACAUGCCCCAGCCUCUACACCAUAAGGUGCAAGAAAAAAAAAGCUUUCUUGUUACGGAUACUGGCCCCAGUCAACUGCCACGAUUGGCGUUAGGGACUCACUACUCGUGCAACGCCAAAAACCUGUCCAAACAGAGCAGCGAUGAAGAGUCAAGACUGAAGAGGCCAAAGUCCCAGGAGGUGGUUGUUUUUGAGGUAACCCAAAGAUCCCCCCUCACCGUCCCCAUACUUCAUACACCGCAACCGAGAGUAUCCGGGUCAAUCGUCACUGUCACCUCGUUUCCCAUAUUUAUUAGCGCUCCGUCGAUCCAGCGAUGCCAAUCAAACCCCACGGUUGGGCCUCACCCGAUGUCUCGGUGUCUAAUUGCCG